AUUUACACUAAAAACAGAAUGAAUUCGUAUUUCAUUGGCCUAACUGUCAGCUUUGAUCAAAAAUUUAGCUGGCUGGAUGGAACCCCAGUGAACUAUGUAGCCUGGGCCCCAAAUGAACCCAACUUUGCAAAUAAUGAUGAAAACUGUGUGGUCAUGAACAAAGAUUUUGGCUUUUGGAAUGACAUAAACUGUGGUAUUAGAAAUGCCUUUAUCUGUGAAAGGCACAACCGUUCUACUCACUCAGAAUUUGCUCCAAUAGCACCUUCUCCUCUGGGAGGAUGUCCUGAAACCUGGCUUUUGUUUAAUAAUAAG